CAGUCCUAUGAUGAAUGCUGAGAUAAACUUGAAAAAUGUAUUGCGUGUAAGAGUUAUUCCCUCAGGCUGGAGAUAAAAUGUGAUUCAAAUAGAUCCCCGCCGCGCUUGUUCAUACACACAGAGAGGGCAUACACUCCUCUCUCUCUCUCUUUCUCUCUACAAAUGGCCGAUCAGAGUGGCGCCCUUUCUCGCUCUACUUCAGUUGGAAAGAAUCGUGCUGAGCUCAAUGGUGUCAGGAUUGAUAAGACGCUUCUGAUCGAUAUUCAUGAGCUCUCUUUUGGGCCCAUGAUCAAAGACAGCCCCUACUCCAUUGUCUAUGAAGGAUUGUAUAAAUCUACACCUGUCGCUAUAAAAGUAAUACUGCCAGAAAAAUCGGCGAAUGUGAGUCCUGAGCGGAAAGGCAGAUUUGAGCGGGAAGUUAUGCUGUUGGCUAGAAUGCAACAUGAAAACAUUGUGAAGUUUAUUGGUGCCACCGUGGAACCAGCCUUGCUUUUAGUUACAGAACUUAUGAGAUGUGGUACACUUCAAAAGUACUUGUGGAGUAUCCGACCCAAAUGCCCAGAUUUGAAGCUUUCUUUAAAUUUCGCAUUGGAUAUCUGUCGAGCCAUGGAACAUUUGCACACUAAUGGCAUCAUUCACCGCGACUUGAAACCCAGUAAUCUUCUUCUCACUGACGACAAGAAAAUUAAGCUGGCAGACUUUGGACUGGCCAGGGAGGAGUCAGAAACCGAAAUGACUACUGAAACUGGAACCUAUCGUUGGAUGGCUCCCGAGCUCUUUAACAUGGACCCUUUGGGAAUGAGGAAGCAUUACAAUCAUAAGGUGGAUGUCUACAGUUUCUCGUUGAUUCUUUGGGAGCUGCUGACAAACAGAACUCCUUACAAAGGACGAAACAGCGUCAUGGUGGCAUAUGCAUCAGCCAAGAACAUGAGGCCUAAUGUGGAUGACAUCCCGAGGAACAUUGGCUCCCUCAUCAGCGCCUGUUGGGCGGAGAACCCUGCAGACAGACCAGAGUUCAAGAAAAUAUCAGAAACCUUAGAAAACAUUCUCAGAAAUAUGAGCGCUGAUCUGCUCGUGCCAGAAGCAAAUUCUCCGAUGAAUGGAGCUGCAGAUUCUCCCGGCACAAGCUGGUUGAUGGACCAGCCUGUUGCCAAAAACUGCCGGAAGAAGAAGAAGAUGAAGAAAACGAAAGGUCUCUGUUGCUGUUUCGCAAGCUCUUCCGAUGACUCUCUCUAGAGGCCGUUUGGUAGCUAAAAAAUGUCAUUCCAAAGAACAAGUUUGCUGUCAUCAUCCAUACAAUUUAUAGAACAUACAACACAAACAUUGUUACAUAAAUAAACAAUUUGUGAGUCCAAAGAAGAGUUAAUAGUUUGCUUUGUUUGGCAGUUGCAGACACUUUAGGAAACUUACAGAGUUACAGAGUGUUUGGGUUAUAGGAAAAUGAAUUCCUUAGAAUUGGAAUUCAUAAAUUUUG